ACGUUUCGUCAUUCGACAAAUGACUGCUUGAGACAGACUAUUACAUUUACACACUACAAAUUUUGUCCCUAAUAUCAAUGUUAUUACUUGAAAAAACUUGAUGAACUCGCCGGUUUUUACCGGUCUGGAAAUAUUUUUAGACCGGUCGGUGACUGCCCGGAUCGGACCGGUCUAGUAUUUCCAGACCGGUUACAACUCUGUUAUGCACCUGAUUUUGACUGUUUUUUCGAAAGCAAACAUUGACAUCAAAUUCAGCGUAACGAUUACCUAUGCUCCAUGCAAUUUGAAGGUUACGUCAAAUCACCAGGUACCAAUCCUAUGGCUUCAAGAAAAGUUUAUACCACUCUUGAACCACUGAAAAUCGAGGUGUCACUUGACUCCCAUUUUGAAAACGACACCCUGAACCGUCUACUCAUGAAAAAAACCAAAAUAGUUGUAUUUGAAGUUUUUGGGAUGUGAUCUGAUUUUCCGAGGAUUUCUUAAAAAUCUACUUUAAAGAAAUAAUUCUGAAUUAAUACUUCCUUCUUACAAUAAGAUACCUCCUCUGUUGAAUGACGAAAUUUGAACCCUCUAGUUCUUUUCAUUCUCGAGCAAUUCAGAAAAUGCUCCUUGCACUUCAUUCUUUCAUUGGACAUAAAGUAAAAAUUAGUACAAAUUAGAGAUCUAAUUUUUGUUUUGUCGUUCAUGUCCGUCCAGGUAAGCCGUUUUAUCACGCCCUAAUUAUGGUAUGUUAACAGUCCGUUAACAACAUCCUUUUUGAUGACUUGGAAGGAAGUGGAGAAAGAUGCUAAAAUUAACUAAAGAUGACUUUUUCUCUUUCCAGAAGAUGAAUCAAAGCAGUUUUCAUUUGACUAUUCUUACUGGUCACACGAUGGUUUUAUUGAAUCUCCCACAGGUGAACUCACUGCCAUAAAUGGUUCACAAUAUGCAUCACAACAACAAGUGUUCGAUGAUCUAGGACGAGAUGUAAUAAACAAUGCUUUCGCAGGAUUUAAUUGUUCCUUGUUCGCUUAUGGACAAACCGGAAGCGGAAAAAGUUAUUCUAUGAUUGGUUAUGGGGUUAAUCGUGGAAUAGUACCAAUAGCAUGUGAUGAAUUAUUCAAAAGCAUUCGCGAAAAUGAGAAUACAAAAACACGUUAUGAAGUCACUCUAUCAAUGUUGGAAAUAUAUAAUGAACAAGUGCGUGAUUUAUUAACAAAAGAAUUUCAAAAGGGCGGUCUAAAUGUUCGGCAAAAUCAAACAUCCGGCUCCUUCUAUGCUCAAGGACUCCGAUGCAUACCCGUUGGCAGCUAUUCGGAUAUUGAAAAACGAGUUAUCGAAGGAACAGAAAAUCGAACUGUAGCGGCUACGAAUAUGAAUGCCACAAGUAGUCGGGCUCAUACAGUGGUAACAAUAACGUUUGAUCAAAUUUUAACGACGGAUGUGGGCGAAACGAAGAAAACGAGCGUCAUUAAUCUCGUGGAUCUAGCUGGAUCCGAAAGAGCAAAUGCUACGGGUGCCACUGGUGAUAGACUGAAAGAAGGGGCCAAUAUUAACAAGUCUUUAUCGGCUCUGGGAAAUGUUAUUUCGGCAUUAGCUGAUCUAUCUUCUGGUUCAAAACGAAAGAUUGUCGUGCCCUAUCGUGAAUCCGUACUCACUAAACUGUUACAGAAUGCACUUGGUGGUAAUAGUAAAACUGUAAUGAUUGCUGCUCUAUCACCAGCCGAUAUUAAUUAUGAUGAAACAUUAUCAACACUCCGUUAUGCUGAUCGAGCAAAACACAUAAAAAAUACCGUUGCUAUUAAUGAAAAUCCAGUGGAGAAACUCAUUCGUGAAUUGAAGGAAGAAAAUGAUCGAUUAAAACUGCUAAUUGAUACGGGAAAAUAUAAUUUUACCCUUGAUCCAAAGCCCGGUGCUACAAGUCAAGAAAUUGAAAAAAUUCGGAAGGACAUAGAAGAUGAAAUUUAUGCACAAAUUCGUAUGAAUCAACAAAUAUUACAAGAUACAAAAACACCAUGGGAAACAAAAUUGAAAAAUGCUCGCUCUGAUGGUAGUACAAGAAUAUCGUCGUCUGAUAAAAAAUUACCAUACUUAACAAAUUUAAAUGAAGAUCCAAUGUUAUCCUAUGUGAUAUGUUAUUAUUUAAAAUUAGGCGAAACAACAAUUGGUAGUAAACAAUCGACUAUUUGUUUAAAUGGGCUUGGAAUACAAGAAAAACAUGCUAUUAUCAAUUUUUCCGGAUUUGAUCAAAUUGUCAUUGAGGCAACAACACCAGGAAUUAAAAUUAAAAUUAAUGGCUACAAUUUGUCAGGGUAA